AUGAGUAGAGCAGGUACUCUAGACUGCGGCAGGUCUUGUGAAUGUUGCUGCAGUCCCCGCACGGUCUUGUCUGAAGGAUACUCAAUAACUCAGACUCCGACUGCCACCUUUGUCGGUCCGAUCCUGAGCCUAGACUCCAAUUGCAAAUGCAUAAGUAAUUCGACGGUCAGUGAAGUGAACCCAACAUUGGACGAUCAGAUUGGCGGAACAUCAGGUUUAUCUCCCAGGCUUGCAGGGGAGCAAUCCUUGAACGAUCAAAGGCAAGAAGGGGCAGCGACCCGAGCGCCUUAUGCUCACGCUAUGAGGAACAAGCGCGUCAACGGAAAACUUGUUGAUUGCAAUGAAAAUACCUGCCUUAAUGGAGGCAGGUGCCUGCCUUCAGCUCCUGGAUACAAGUGCGUCUGCCCGAGCCACACGAUUGGGCCUCGUUGCAAAAUCCUGACUCGGCACUUUGCCGGGAGCGAUGCGAGAGGCUCUGGGUCAUGGCUUUGGCUUCAACCUUUAAACCCUUGCUCAAAACUUCAGCUACGCUUAUUUUUACUCACCGACUCAAAGAAUGGAACCGUACUCUCCAGUGUUGAGAAGCACGGAAAUAGGAGAGUGGGUCUGGUACUUCAACUAACAGAAGGAAAGCUGCUUUUUCGUUUGUCCCUCAACUCGGCCGCUGUUGACGUGAGCGUCAAUACUUCUCUAGCAGACCUACGAUGGCAUCGUGUGGACAUUUUCUGGCGAAAUAAAACAGUUGAGAUGAUCAUCGACAACUGCGUAGGACAGCCCACAGAAAAUACAACAGAAGAAGACCGCGGUCCCGGCCUGGCCAAACAAUUCUACUGCAGAAAUGCUGUGCACGCGCAAGAUUUGACUGGACAACUCAACACAAGAGGCGCGCCUUUGCAACUCGGAGCCAUGGACGCAAGUUCCAGUGAUGCAUUGCACGAGAAUAAUGGUGAAAAACAAUCCUACUUCAAAGGAUGUCUCAGGAAUAUACGACUUAAUGGAGAGCUCUUGGAUUUGGGAGAAAAUGUGCCCAGUCAUCGAUCAAAGCCUGGCUGUGUCUAUCAGAACUGCGCAGCUCUGCGCUGCCCAGCGAACUCCAAGUUCGGCAACGUCCUGGAGCUGACAGCAGACGACGGCGACAGGGAGCUGCAGAGGCUGUCACAGGAGGAAGAAAUGUCAUCACUCGCCGCUCCUAUGCAGUGGCGGGAUGAACAUUUGUGGGGAGCGGAUGCUCCUCAUCCUGGCGGUAAAUCUCCCAGAUCCGUUGGCGAAAAGCCCGUCAUUCACACAAAUUUCAAAGAAGGCUGCCUGGACGACGUGCGUGUAAGCGGUCGACGGCUGCCGAUGCCCCCGGCCCUGAACGCCACCCGCUGGGGGGCCGUGGAGGCUGCGCUGGACCUGGCGUCGGGGUGCGUGCCACCUUCAGCCUGUGUCAACGCCACCUGCUCUUCGCCCUACAAAUGCCAGGAUACUUGGAAGCAGUUCAAGUGCGAGUAA